ACAAACAGGCAUCAUAUGGAAUACAGCAAUGUCUUUAAAUACAAGUUUUAGUAACAGUUUACAAGAAGCAAGCAUCAGGCAUAGUAAUCCAUAUUGGGCUUGAUGUUAUGGCAAAGAAUGCAUAAUGACAGAAUAAGGCAAUGCCUAUUAAUGCAACUAUAUGACUGUACCAAUAGUAUACUAGAAGCAGACAUAGAAUAAAGCAAUCCAUAAUGGACAAGGAUUUUGUUGCAAAUCUGUAUUAUAGACUUUGAUUGUUACCUUGAGAUUUAGAGCAAGAUAUAUGAGGUAGAUAAAGCCCUCUUUUAUUGGAACAAAGUCAAACUAUGGGAAGGUGUAAAGAUCAUUGAAACAAAAAGAGUGUGUACCAUACUUUAAGUUGGUAUAUCCAUACAUGAGGCAGCAGGUAUGAAGCGUAUACUAAAAGAUUUUUCAAGUAACACCACUGCCCAUGGCUGGGGGAAUAUCCAUCAAAGAACAACAACACUCAGUAAGGUGAUAUGGAUUAUCAUAUGCCUGGGAUGUACGGCCGUAGCUAUAUGGCAGGUCAUCACCAUAGUGAUGCGAUAUGGCCUGUUUGAAACAAAGGACAGAAUCAAGGUUGAGGUUGGAGAGAUUGUUUUUCCAUCUGUCACUGUGUGUCCUUUAAUUCCAGUACCUCAUGAUGGGAACUUAAAGUUUGAGAGAGAUAUGAAAAAAGGCAACAUCGAUGUUGAACCUUUUCUUAACUUUCGAUUAGUUUUUCAUAGUGAAACUUUUUACAUCAAUAGUAAUGUUUCACAUAAUCUUCAUUCAGAGAAAUUAGAAUUUUACAAUGUGUUUGCCGAACAGAUAUAUUCAAACCAAGGAUUUUUUGAAAAUUUUAAAUUCAUGUCGGAUUACACUCAUCAACAGGGGAAUUUCAUACCUGUAUGUAGUUAUCAAGGAAAGCCCUGUUUGCGAUCAGAUUUCCACACUUUGGAUCAUCCUGAAUAUAAUUCAUGCUUUACAUUCAAUGGAGCAAACAAAACUAUCAAUAAUCCUAUUACAAAAAUUACAGGCCCUAAAGGGGGGCUUAGUUUGGUAUUGUAUCUUGAUGUGGGUCAACUUUCAAUGAUAUACACUCCAAGUUAUCCAACCAGUGGGAGUCAAGGUGUACGAGUUGUUAUACAUGAAAAGGGAACACUUCCUGAUCCAGAAAACGAUGGAUUUGAUAUUGAGCCUGGACACUCCAUCAAUGCAGCUUUGUCUGUCAAUGAGCGACGUCUUAUGAAACCACCCUGGGGGGAAUGUAAUGAUCAGAAUCCUGAACUUAAAGGUGGUUUUACAUAUACAAAAAAGCAUUGUCAGCUGAGUUGUCUUCAGAAAUUCUUCUACAGAACAUGCGGAUGUAUCAAAUCCUCAUUACCGAUCGAUGAAGAAACAGUUUACAAAGAAUAUUGUCUGAAACUACAUGCGAAAGAAUGGGCAAAACUUACAACCGAUCAGUAUAACAAAACAACAAUUGUGAGUGACAUGGAAAAUUUUCGUUGUCAAAAUCGCGAAUUCCUCUCCUCAGAUGUCGAGGUACAAGAUGGUUGUCAAUGCUUGGAAAAGUGUUCAUAUCAAACCUAUGAUAUGACACUUUCCCAGUCAGAAUGGCCAAUGAAGGGUGUAGAAAUAGAAUUUUACUGUCGCACGAUCAUGUCCAUGGACAGUUAUAUCAACUCAAGCAUAUAUGACAGAUUUCAUGAUAUUUUCCCUGAAUAUUGUGAUCAUUCAAAAGAUGAAGACUUACUCACAAAAAUACAAAAAGAAACCUUGCGAGAAAACUUUAUACGCUUAAAUGUGUAUUUCAAAGAUCUCGAGACUAAAAUAACCAAUCAGGUUGAAGAUUUUACUAUCAGCUCGAUGAUCUCAGAAAUUGGAGGCAGUUUGGGAUUCUUCGUUGGUAUGUCCAUUAUAACUAUCGCAGAAAUAAUCCUACUGUGUUGGAAUAUCACAUGUCUACUUGGAAAGAAGUUUGUUAUCUCACCGUUUGAACAAAAAAUCGGAAGUGACAUGAAACAUGCUUCAACAAAUACAAGCUAAAAAUAUGUUUAGACCACUGAAACUUAAAACAUAUGUUUGACAUCCUUUCCUCUGUAGAUUGAUGCGAAAUAAAUACCCAGUAAUGAGAGUUUUUAAGUGACCUUUUUCGAUUAAUUUAAACCCCUCAUAGAUAUUUUUACCUCUCACAGUCACUUGACAGGAUGUUCAACAUAUGAUUAACUUUGAAUGAUCUUAGUGUACUUGAUCCAUAGAAAUACAAAGAAUUUAUGUGUUGGAGUUGAUUUGUUAACGUUUCAUUUUCAUUCAUGUGUGAUGAAAACAUCUUUGCAAAUUUUUCUUCACACUUAUAUAUUAAGCAUGAAGACAAAACUUCACCAGUUCACCAUUAUGAAACUUCAGAUUUAAAUGUGUUCAUAGCUUUGAAAGAGCUACUUACUCGACUAUCUAUUAGUAAUGCAUUAGUGUGUCUC